GUGUAGAUAGAAUGUGCAGUUCACAUCACUAUCAAUUCUCUGUUACUAAUAUUGCAGUUUGCUCCAUUUUUUCGCUUAGGAUGUCGAAGCUUCGUGUCCUCUGACUUUGUAGAACUGUUUUCUCCAAGAUUAUAGUAGAAUUUAUCUGUUUUUAUUUUUUCUACAAUGGCGGCUUCCGUCCCCGAUGAGCCACUGACACCCUCCGGCCGUCUUUUUCUCCGUCCGGAACUGGACACCAUCAUCCACUGCAUCAUCCGUGGGAAGGACCCCAUCAACGUAGAUGCUGUGAAAUCCACUAUUGCUUCCUCCCUCAUGCUCCAGCACCCCAGAUUCUGCAGCCUCUUGGUGCGGGACCGUAACGGGAGGGAGUAUUGGAGAAGAACCCAGGUGGACCUAGACCAGCAUCUCAUUGUGAUAAACCAUCGAAUUGGGACGGCAGAUUAUUCCGGUGCCAAUGCUGAGGAGGCGGCUGUGAACCAGUACGUGGCGGAUUUGACAGUGAGCACUCCGCUGAGUACGGAUAAACCGUUGUGGGAAGCUCACCUCCUGAUGGCCCACAGGUGCGCCGUGUUCCGGAUUCACCACGCGCUGGGCGACGGGAUCUCCCUGAUGUCGAUUGUGAUGGGGUGCUGCCGGAGGAUCGAUGAUCCGGAGGCCCUGCCCACCAUGAUAACAAAGAGGGAUUUGGGUCCCGGAGGCGGGAAAUGGUGGGAUCGGAUAAGGCAGGUUUUGAUGAUGUUGUGUUUUGGUUUUGUGUUCGCAUUGGAGUUCAUUUUGAGAGCUCUCUGGGUUCGUGACCGGAAAACGGUGAUCAGCGGCGGUGCCGGGGUGGAGCUCUGGCCGAGAAAACUGGCAACGGCCAAGUUGUUGAUUCAGGACAUGAAAGUGGUUAAAAAGGCUGUCGACAAUGCUACAAUCAAUGAUGUUCUUUUUGCGGUUGUGUCGUCUGGGAUAUCAAGAUACUUAGAUCAUCGGUCACCAAAUGCCUUGCAGGAAGGUCUGCGUAUAACAGGGGAAGCCAUGGUUAACAUACGAAAACAACGACAGUUAGAGGAUCUAUCUGAUUUGAUAAAAAACAACUCCUCAUCACGGUGGGGUAACAAAUUCGGCGUGAUUCUCCUUCCUAUUUACUAUCACAAACGCAAUGAUGACCCUUUACAGUAUCUGAAGAGAGCAAAGAAGAUGGUGGACCUUAAGAAGCAUUCAUUGGAGGCUCACUUCUCAUACAAGACUGGGGAUCUUGUGAUGUCCUGGUUAGGACCAAAGUAUGCUAGCCUGCUUAACUACAGGAUUGUCUGUAAUACUACCUUUACAAUCUCGAAUGUGGUUGGUCCUCAAGAGGAGAUAACACUUGCCGGCAACCCAAUAGAUUACAUUAGAGUCAAUACGUCCAGCUUGCCCCAUGCACUCACUAUGCACAUGAUGAGCUAUGCAGGUAGGGCUGAUAUACAAGUGUUGGUGGCCAAAGAUAUUAUUCCUGAUCCUGAGUUUUUGGCCACGUGCUUCGAAAAUGCCUUGAUUGAAAUGAAGGAGGCAGCUCUCGCAACUGUUAAAAAAUAGAAGUUUGUUUUCUGGAAUUCAUGACAUACUAUAGUUUUGAAAUACAAGAAAGAUUAAUUUGUCAAUUGUAAACCCAUUACAUUACACAGAUAAUAAGUUGAUACAUUAUACAUUCUUAUGGAGGCAAAAUUGAUGUCUCUGAAUUCUUAACCUUUCUUGCAUUGAUGAAAUUGUUUCUCUUGCACAUUUAAUUGAACAGGCUUCAAUGAUUUGAAUGAAUCAAAAAACUCGUUGCAUUGGUCAGCAAUUCUCUGUUGCAGACGGUAUCUAAUCUAAUGUACUAAAAAUAGGCUACUUAAGAGGACUAAAGUUCAAGCAAGAAAACAAUGAAGAAAAUAUAACAGAAAUUUGGUUUAAUUUCCUUGGUCUGCAAGCUAAUCCCUUUUCUCCAGUCACUAAAUAUGCACCAAUCUCAACUGCUAAAUCAUCCGCCCUAGCAUUGUUUCAUUCCCACUUCCUUAGAUUCACAAACCAUCUGGUCUCUGCUUUUCCUUAAAUUAGUUGACAACAAAUUCACCAGCAAUGCCUUUUCCUUUCAGCUGUUUACAGUUAUUUUCAAAGGUCCCUGAUGAAUGAUGCAGCACGAGUUACCUCUGCGAAAGAGCACUCAUCUUCAGCCAAGCACAAAAGCAAAUCAAAAUCUCUGAGGGUGCUCCAAUAGUAGUAUCCAACCUAACAUUGUCCAACUGCCUUUAGUUUAUCAUUUCCCUUAAGAAUUGAAAAACAUUCAUCACCAUUCAUCAGUCACCUUAUUAACUUCUUCCAUUUUUCUUAUUUCCAGUUUGGGCUUUAUGAAUGGGCAUGUCAAACUUUGUGCACCCCAAAUAGUGAAAUAGUGGACUAGUCACAUCAAAUACCUUUAGACUAAAAUGUAUCAAUUCUG